CCUAAUGGUAUGGUACUUAUAAAAGUUGUUUUGCUCCGGAAUUCUCGGAUCCAGGAAAUCGACUAGGGUUUCUCCCAGUUGGCUAGCUCCACGAUGGCGGCGACGCCGUCGCCGGUACCCCCAGGCGCUGCGCCGGAGGAGCCAAAACCACCGGACCCUACUGCUGGUGUCCGUCGUCCACCUGAGGUAACUUCGUCCCCGGACGGCAAGAAAGCUCGUGAAUCGCAACACCCAAAGAAAAGAGUCCGAGGGAUCGACUUAGUAAACGAGACUGUUAGUAUGGAGGAGGUUUUAGUCGAAGACAUUACUGAUGAGGAAAUACCAGAGACUCAGAAACAGGAAUACCAGGGCACCCAAAUACCGAGCCCACCAUCCCAACCCCAAAGCCAAACCUCCCCGGUCCCGGCAAUGGCCUGGGGGGUAGGUCGCAAAGCGGUCCGUGAAGAAGCUUGGUAUGUGGAGGACUCGGACUCUGAAGAUGUAGCGGAAGCCAUGAGAGAAGAUGGUGUCGAUGACUCACCAGUUGAAGAGGAAGACCCACGAUGCCCUACAAUUUGCUUUACUAAGGGUGAGUUGCGCAGCUACCGUAGAGAAUGGCGAUCGGCCCUAGGUCGUUCUUUCCCAUAUCCGGUGAUUGCGAAAAGACUCAACAUGCUGUGGGCUAGGAAUGGUCCCAUCCAAGUCACCAAUAGAGCGAACGGAUUCCUAUUUGUCAGAUUCUCUCAGAAGAUAGACUAUGAAUAUGCCCUUACAGGAGGCCCCUGGAUGCUUGGAGACCAUUACUUGACAACACAAAAAUGGAAAAUGGGCUUUAAUCCGCGCACUUGCACAGUUUCCUCUACGCUGGUGUGGGUGAGGCUCCCGGAUCUCCCUAUCGAGCUGUUCAACCCGCAAGCUGUCCUUCGCAUAGCAGGCAAAGCAGGAGUUCCAGUUCGGGUGGACCGAGCUACUGAGUUGGGUGCACGUGGUUUAUUUGCUCGUGCAUGUGUUGAAGUUGACCUUACCAAGCCGCUUUUGUCGAAAUACAAGGUCGAGGGGGUGGAAUAUGAACUCCAGUAUGAGGGCCUCUCGAAUGUUUGCUUUGAAUGUGGCUCCUAUGGCCACCAAAAGAGUCACUGUCCCACUCUUCAUAGGGAAGGGUCUGAUAGCCCACCACCUCAAGCUGAACCAACCCACCCAGUACCACAUCACACGGAAACCUAUGGGGAAUGGAUGAUUGCCAAAAGAAGGGAGCGUCGUCCGACCCACAAACAGCAUCCUGGUACCCGAGGCGAACAGCCAAACAAGAAACAUGCUCUGGGCCAGGUGCAACCAUCAGGAUCCCGAUUUGCAGUACUUGAUGAAGAGGAAGGAACUGGAAUGUCAACCGAGGGAGAAAAGAUGACCACUAAAACGAGACAUAUGAACGCGGUUACACCGGGAAGUGCUACACGUACCGGAACCCCACGCCAAACUCAGCAGGUGUGGGUGGAGAAGCGAGGAGGCUCCUGCUCAGGCGAAACCAGUGCCGAAGUCACUGCUCCUAACGAGAGUCCCAGCGCACAGAAACAGAUGGAGACACCGAGCCCGAACAAUCAGCUGGCAGGUAGAACUGAAGGAGAUAAGGUGGAGAGGGAAACUGACACAAUGAACAUUGAUCCUCAAAAUACACCCAUUGCGAAAGGGGGGGAGGGGGUAGCUCCGAUUUGGCCAGGAUACCAGUAGUGCAAAUGGAAUUACCUAAGGGUAAAGAAAGAGAGGGCCUGGAAGAGAAUGCCACUUGGGAAGUUAAUACUCCUAGCCCUACUCUACGGGCUCCCCCUGAAACCAGCAUGCAAGCCAUGCAGACGGGUGAGCCGAUUGACGUAACAACCAAGUUGGCGUCCGGAAACAGUGAUCAAGCUAUGUCACCGACGGCCCCCCCUCCCGGGGUGGCUUCGGUCACUAACUAAUCCAAGUACCCAGAGGUGCCCUACAUCCUGACCUCCCAUGGAUAUAAAUAUCUUUUCUUGGA